AUGGUACAACAAAUAAAUGCAAAUGGUGUUGAAAUAAAAGUGCCUACACAAGGCAAUCCUGUUAUUGAGUUGAAACCAAUGAAUGAUGAAAAUUCUUGUAAGAUGAAAUUACUAAAUGGUACUAUUAUUGGCUGUCAAAUAAAUGGUAUAACUACUGAACUUGAUUUUAUUGAUAGUAAUAUAUCUCCAAGCAGAGAAAUUAAAAAUGGAUCUGUUCCAGAGGCACAACAAAGACAGUGUAAUAAGAAUAAGUUUGAAGUAUCUGUUAAUAGCGUUGGUUUAUAUACAAAUCCUGUUUCAACAGACUCUCCUUAUGUUCACAGUGAUGUACAAGGACCAGAAGGAAUUCAAGUUAGUUGUCCUUCUACACUAAAAACAAUAUACACUAAAAAGGCUGAAAGAGUAUUAAAAGUUGGAAAAAAACCAAAAAAAAGAUAUGAAAAUACAGUUACUUUUAUCCCUGAAAGUAUUGAUAAUUAUUUUGGUAAUAAAUCUGUUUCUGAAGUUAUUACAUUAAUUACUGAAGAGGAAAAGACACCAGAAUUAGUUGAAAAACCAGGGAAAACAAAAAACAAGAAAAAGAAAAAUAAACAUGGAAAAAAUACUGGAGUUGAUAAAAAUAAUGAAAAUGACAUAUCUGUUAAAGAGUUAGACCAAAAAUGUGAAAAAUCUGAUAAUAUAUUAGUCGAAGAAGAUUGUGAAUGUGUUUCUGUUGAUGUAUCUGUUAAUUUAUUAUCAAAUGGUAAACUUACGCAAAAUGUAGGUUCAAUUUCUCCUUCAACAAAAGGUAGUGAAAGUAUAGAUGUUUCAACAACACUUCCUGUUAUGAAUGAAGGCUCUUCAACUGAAAAUGAUUUUAUGGUUGUAUCAAAAAAUAAAAAGAAAACUUUAAAUAAUAAUGUUUCUAAUGAUAAGAAACAAAAAAAUGUUGAUAGUGGUUUUGAUGGGAGAAAGAAAACUGAUCGUAAUAAUAGUAAUAAUACAAAUCAAAAAAAUAAAAAUAAUCGUGACAGCAGUAAGAAGGAAAAUUUUGAUAAAACAUCUUCUGUUGAAACAAAAACUUUUAUUAAACAAUCAGCUACAGUUGAGGAUAGAGAAAAUAGCGGGAAGUCUUCUAACAAUUUAUCCCAGACUUCUCAGAAUACAUGGGCUCAUAUUGCUAGACCUAAAAAUAAUUUAAAUGGUUGUAAUAAAGACGGGUCAAUAAGUAGUUCUUUUCCAGCCUCUGUUGAAAAUGAUAGAAAACGUGUCACUAAAGAGUCAAAUAAAAAAUCCAAAUCAGAUGAUAAAAUUGCUCCUUCUGUUUUAAAAGUUCUUGCUCAACAUAAAAAUAGUAGAGCUAAAAAUCAAUUAACAACAGAUUGUAACUUUUUGAAAGUAACAACUUUAAAUCAACAGGUGCUUAGAAUUCCUUUAGUUCGAAAUGUUAAUAAAAAAACUCUAAAAUUGGAAAUUAACUCUGAACAUUAUGAAUACGUGAAAUUCCUCCAAAAUGCCUGGAGUGAUUCAUUAAAAAAAAUUAAAAUUGCUAAUUAA